GUCUUGUCGAUGAAACUUAUGAGUCAGUAGCCGUACCGUGCAAGAAGAAAAAGACAGAAUGAUUGAAAUUUUCACAGCUCCUCAACCUAGCAAAGAGACUUGAAGGGCUGGACGGUCACCAGGCGAUUGUACUACCACCUUUGUGUCGACAUCACCAUGCCCCCAGUCGGCCUUGUUCGUACUCAAGUAGUUGAGGGCUUUAAGUCAUGUCCUAGAAUGGAGACUGGAGAAGACGUAUGACUUCAAAGCUAUUACGGUCGUCGCUCUUAGGUAGUCGCCGACACUUUUCCCGAUUGCGCGGGAAAGACCAAUUCGCGGCCCUAACCAGGUCCCGCCGUGAGAUCAAGCCAAUCUUUGGACCCCAAAACAAGACACUCUUCUCAAAAUUCUAAGCAUUGUACAAUACGGUAUCCACCUCGGCGUCUAAAUCUAUGUGGCUCCCUAGCAUCUGGAUUCCAAAGGGCUCCCCGACGACGGCCAAUUGUUCUGGUAUGGUGGAUAGCACCGUAGCGAGGGGCUCCCGCACCGGCGAGGAAGUGGCGUCAAUGCCCGCGGAACUCGUCCAGUCCAAGGUAAAGUAUAUGUGUGAGCUGGAGGGUCCGAUCGGCCUGGUCCGACGACGAAGAGGUUGAGUGGUUCCAGAUCUAG